AAUAAUAUUAAUAUAUUAUCGUAAUAUUAUUGGACAUUGCAUAAUAUUGUUCCUCAAAACACGUGUUCCAAUGGAUUUUUGCUCCACAAAAUCAUGUUCCUGACGUGGAACAAGUAUUUUGAGGAACAAAAGUCUAUCAGAACAAGUGUUUUGUGGAACUAAGGUCUUUCGGGACAAAUAUUUUGUGGAAAAAAAUCUCUCGGAACAAUUAUUUAGUGGAUCUUAAAAAACCAGGAUCAUAAUUUUUUUGGAACAAGAGUAAUUUUUUUCAGGUACUAUUUGUUCCAACUUAUCCAAAAUAUCUAAAUUGUACUCGAUGUUCCACAAUACAUAUUCUGUUCCGAAUGUUCCGAUGAACUUUUAUUCCACAAAACAUUUAACAUGGGUAUUAACAAAUAAUAUUGACAAAUGUUUGUUCCAACCUGGGUUGUCAAUCAAUAAUGAUAUUGAACCAUGAAUACACUACCAUCGAGCAGUUCGGUCCCCCGAGAUAACAGCUAUGAUAACAUUGUAUGAAACUACACUUUUGUACUUGGCUAACGUUAGAUAUAUACAUGGCAUAAAAUAAAUAUUUAAUGAAGCCCAGGGGGGUCACGAACUUUUUAUCCAUAACUCAUAAGGGCACAUAUUAUAGGAGCUACCCACCCAUACUUACAUCCAGUUAAAACCCGAACGCACAAAAAUAGUGUGUUUGUGAUGCAACUGUUGAAUCUGUGUAAUAUAGAACUCAUAAUAAUUUAGAUAACCUAUAGUUAAAAUAGUUAAAUAAAGUAUUGACUAUUGAAAAAAGAUGUGAGCAUUUGUACUUCUUUAUAAUAUACCAAUGACAAUACAAUGCUGUUAAAAUUUUAGAAUUAAUAUGCGCCUAUUACAACUACCUACCUAUUGGCUUUUGAAGAUGGCGAGUAAUUAUCAGAAAAAUGUUGGUCUUGCUAUGCUAAAGAAAAUUAAAAACAUUCUUAACGGUGAAUUAAUUGACAUGAAAGACUUACCAGAAGACUUAGAUAUUAAUGAUCUGACAUAUUUUAAAUAUGCUCCCAUCACAUCGGUAAACGUAGAAAGAUCAUUUUCCGCCUAUAAAACUUUACUUACAAAUAAUAGAAGGUCUUUCAAAGUCGAGAACAUAAAAAAACAUUUGAUAAUCCAGUGUAACGCAAGUAAGUACAUAAUUAGAAUUAUAAAAUGAUUAUUUUUUAAUACAUAAAAAUUAUAAUUGCUAGGUAUAGAAGAUGCUGAGUGUUGAAAAAUCCAAAGACCUCCCAUUCAACAGUUUUUACAUUUUUUUUUUUAGUAAUAUAG